AUGCCAUCGCCGUCACGCUUGACAUCUGCUACGUCGUCACCGGUUGAAUCGCUUGAAAUUCAGAAGUCGACACCACCGCAUCGAAUGACUCGGGAGAAGAAGAAUGCGCAUUUGGCGAAUGCCCCAACCAAUAAGGAAAAAUCAACCAAUCUGAACACACUACCACUUCGUGGUGUUCUCCACCAAGACGACACUCUCGCCGUCGUUCAAUCAAUUUUCGAAUCGAACAAACCACGCCACACGCCGUACACGCCAAAAGACAGGAAAGCUACCUCAAAAAUCGCGGAUUCAUCGAGAUUCAGUGCCGACGAAUUCAAUUCCGACGAAGGAACAUCAAAUACUGGUCAACGAUCUAUUAUCGGAGGAUCCCGUGCUCAAAAUUAUACAAAAAUGGUUCAACCACAUCUACACCAUUAG